CCGAAAUGUGGGGAAUGAAACCUCGAGGCGCUGUGACCCUCAUGAUUCGUUAUGCUGAUAGGCCUUCUUCUCGUCCCUCGCGGGGGCAUCGGCCAUCAUGCACACGCCUCCUGUCCGCUAACUCAUAGCCUCAACGUGUUCACUACUAAGGCGAUACCUGUGCAGUCAGUUGACCUCGGGCUUUUCAUACACAACACGGCCACUAGCGUGAUCCUCCGUCUUGCUCUCUCAGCAGUAUUGUCCAACGAUGCUCCUGUUCAGUGUUGAAGCCGCUCUGCUCUUGGGACUAUCAUUCAUUCUGUGGCGAUCACUUCAAUCGAUUAUUGUCCGCUCGCCUUUAAAUAAUAUACCAGGUCCUCCUCGGGAAUCGUUCAUAAAAGGAAAUUUUGGGCAGUUGUAUCAUCGCCAAGCAUGGGACUUUCAUCGCCGCUUAUGGGAGAAGUAUGGCUCUGUCGUCAAGCUCUACAUGUUGUUUGGAGCGAAAUGCCUGUAUAUCUCCGAUCCCAAGGCAAUUCACCAUAUUUUAGUAGCAGAUCAGUACUCCUCGUUUGACGAGCCCCCCUACAUUGUAGAGAGCUACCGUCUUGUGCUUGGUCCUGGACUUUUAUCGGCAACAGGUGAACAUCACCGCAGGCAGCGCAAGAUGUUGAAUCCAGUAUUCUCGACGAAGAAUUUGCGUGACAUGUUACCUGUAUUCUACAAGGUCAUCGAAGAUCUUCGGACAGCGAUUGCUGUGCAAGUCGCAGAUGGUCCGAAGGAGCUCAAUAUGCUUCAUUGGAUGAACCGUGUGGCGCUCGAGCUAAUUGGUCAGGCAGGACUAGGAUAUUCCUUCGAUCCCAUCGUAUCCGAGUCGGAAGAUGACUUCGCAGGCGCUCUCAAGUCAUUAUUCCCUGCCCUCUCGCGCCUUGGAUUUGCUCGACAGCUCAUCCCGCGUCUGGUCAAGAUUGGUUCCCCAUCCCUGAGAAGGCGGAUCAUUGAGCGGAUACCUAACCAACACCUCAAGAAACUACUGGACAUUGUGGAUACUAUGGACCGCAAAGCGAGGGAAAUAUUGCAAGCAAAGGAAUCGGCUAUGCAGAAGGGUGAAGCGAUCGUGUCGCAGCAAGUAGGCAAGGGGAAAGACCUGAUGAGUAUGCUCCUCAAGGCCAACAUGGAAGCUGACCGCGCCGACAAGCUAUCAAAGGAAGAGCUUCUUGGGCAGAUGUCCACUUUCGUGAUCGGAGCGACAGACACAACGUCAAGCGCUCUGGCCCAGAUCCUCCAAUAUCUAGCCGAUAAUCCUGUCGCUCAAGAGACUCUUCGUCGGGAGAUUGUUGAAGCACGGAAGGGCGGAGACAUGUCGUACGAGGAGGUGAUCCGAUUGCCGUAUCUAGAUGCUGUGAUCAAAGAAACCUUGCGAUUAAAUCCGCCUGGCUCAGUCAUCGUUCGCCAAGCAAAAAGGGACGCAACCGUUUCGCUUUCUUCUCCUAUUCGUGGAGUUGAUGGGAAGAUGAUGCACGAAAUCGUCGUGCCUAAAGGCACCUUUACCUUCGUGGGUAUACUUGCACUCAAUCGAAGCAAAGCAAUCUGGGGAGAGGACGCAUCGGAGUGGAAACCUGGACGCUGGUUGUCGCCCUUGCCUGAUACAGUCGCCGGAAGCCAUAUUCCUGGCAUAUUCUCCUCCAUAAUGACGUUCUCUGGAGGCACGAGGGCAUGCAUCGGGUUCAAGUUCGCCGAGUUAGACAUGAAGGUCCUGCUGUCGGUCCUGGUGGAGUCCUUUUCGUUCUCGCCAUCCAAGAAGCCUGUCACUUGGAACUUUGCCACGGUGAGGUUCCCUACAGUCGGCGAAGAGAGCCUCAAACCAGAACUUCCAAUCGUCGUUCAAUCUGUGACAAAGGUGUAGUGGGCAGAAAAAGGGAACUUCGACUGAUGGUCGGUUCGUCAGGACGCGUGUCAUUUUCUGGUUCCAGUAAUGGUUAUAACAUAUCCUCUUGCCUUCUCAUAGACAGGCUCAGAAUGAGAACGUGAGACGUUCUACUUUGCUGGCAUUACAGUUGGUAUUUUAGCAGAUGUUAGUAGCCGUUUGAUGUUCUUGAAUCAAAAUGCUGUGCGACCA